CAUAUUUGAACAUUGUACCAAAAGCCAGAUAUUGAGAACAACAACUAACUGUUGUGGCAUAAUAAACAGCUGACAUUUAAAAACAUUGAAUUCAUACACUGAUGGGCGGUCUGAUAAAAAGAGUAACCGUCGCCUAUGAAUGACGACAGAGUGUCGCAUAGUUGCAUAAUUUGGCAAGAUGGCCGCCUCCAUGAGACUCCUGUUUCGGAGGGUGAUCCGUCUUUCCCACAGAAAUGUUAAUGUUACCGCUGCUGGAGCUCCAGGCCGGCCCGCUGGCUGCUGGGAGCCGCCGAGCUGUCGGUGCUUUAGCGAGGCCGCCGGAGACAGAAGCACGCACUUCGGUUUUGAAACGGUGCCGGAGACAGAGAAGGCAAAGAGAGUGUAUAAGGUGUUUGAGAACGUGGCGCAGAAGUAUGACACCAUGAACGAUGCCAUGAGUCUGGGGGUUCACCGACUGUGGAAAGACACGCUGCUCCACGUCAUGCACCCCCAGCCCGGGGUGAGACUCCUGGACGUGGCCGGUGGAACAGGUGACAUUGCGUUCCGUUUUCUGGAGUACGUUCGUUUUCAGCAAGAGAGGCAGAAGCGGCGUGCGGCCCGGUUAAUGCAGGCACCGUCGUGGCAGGACAUUUCUAACAACUACUCGACAGAGGAGGAGGACGGGCCCCAGGAAUCCAGAGCGGUGGUCUGUGACAUCAACAAGGAGAUGCUGAGAGUAGGAAAGCAGAAAGCUGACGGCCUGGGCAUCAGUGCUGGUCUGUCCUGGGUAGUGGGGGACGCAGAGGAGCUGCCCUUUGAUGAUGACCAGUUCGAUAUUUAUACCAUCGCCUUUGGGAUUCGAAACGUCACCCAUAUAGAUCAGGCUCUGCAGGAGGCUCUGCGUGUCCUGAAGCCCGGUGGCAGGUUUAUGUGUUUGGAGUUCAGCAAAGUGACAAAUCCUGUUCUAGCAAGGCUUUAUGACGUGUACAGUUUCCAGAUGAUCCCAGUUUUGGGAGAGGUGAUAGCUGGAGACUGGAAGUCUUACCAGUAUCUGGUAGAAAGCAUCCGCAAGUUCCCGGACCAGGAGGAGUUUAAAGGUAUGAUUGAGGACGCAGGUUUCUACUCUGCGAAGUACUGCAACCUCACCGGUGGAGUCGUGGCUCUUCACUCUGGUUUCAAGCUGUGAGAUGCACUGGAUUCAAAACUGUGUGCAGAGUUCUCAGACAUGAACGUCAGAGCUCCUCUCUCAGCAAUGACUGCACCAUGAGAGAAACAUGUCGGUGGACAUAUUUAUUUCCUUGCUGAUGGUCUUGGUUCAGCAACGAUUAGACUGUACUAAAUACCUUUGUUGGUAAAGAAUGCUGCACUGAUAACCUAAAUGCCACUAUAUGUGUGCUAUCAGUGUUAAGGCUACUAGCAAGUGAGUUUAUGUGCAGCUUGUUUCAUAUAUUUUUGAUGUAAUAUUUACAUUUUGGCUACAAAUAAAGAAUGUUUAAAAGGA